AUGAUCGCCAUUACUGUUCCUGAUAACUACGGGGCCGUCAUUGCCGUCGCCCUCGGCGCCAUCCCUGUCCUCGGCUUCAUUCACGGCGGUGUCACCACGGGCCUUCGCAAGGAAGCCAAGGUCCCUUACCCGCACAGCUAUGCCACCAUUGAGCAGUGCAAGUCCAGCGCCAAAGCCGAGCAAUUCAACUGCGCCCAGCGCGCCCACUCCAACUUCCUCGAGAAUGCCUCUCAGACAAUGCUCUUCACCCUCGUUGCCGGCCUGAAGUACCCCGAGCUGGCGACCGGCCUCGGCGGCGUUUGGCUUGCCGCCCGCGUGCUCUUCCUGUACGGAUACGUCUACUCGGGUAAGGCCCAGGGCAAGGGCCGCAUGCUUGGAGGGUGGUUCUGGCUGGCGCAGGGUGCGCUCUGGGGAUUGAGCGUGUUCGGUGUGGGUAAGAGCUUGCUUUCUCUUUGAGGAGGGAGUUUGACUGCUAUAUAUAG